AAUUUCCCCAAAAGUCACGUAAACCCUAAACCCUUGGUUACUAAGCAGAGGAACAAAUAAUCGAAACUGAAGCCGAAUCCGCAGUUUUUGGAUUUUUCUCUGCUAAUUGUUAAAAUUAUUCAUUCUUGCAGUAGGAAUUCAGUGUAGUAACUUCAAAGAGACCGUAUUCUAUCAAUUCUGCGGCUAAUUUCGGUUUUUGUAAUCAGCAAGAUGAGGAUAAAAGUGGACGAACGCAUCAGAACCCUCAUAGAAAAUGGCGUUAAAAAUCGUCAUCGCUCCAUGUUCGUCAUUGUUGGUGACAAGUCCCGCGACCAGAUUGUAAACUUGCAUUAUAUGUUGAGCAAAUCUGUGGUGAAAUCGAGGCCGAAUGUGUUGUGGUGCUACAAGAACAAGCUAGAAAUUAGCAGUCAUGAAAGAAAACGAGAAAAACAAAUAAAGAAGCUGAUGCAAAGAGGAUUACUGGACCCUGAGAAAGUUGAUGCUUUCUCACUUUUCAUUAAAACUGGCGGUAUAACCUAUUGCUUAUACAAAGAUUCUGAAAGAGUUCUAGGGCAGACAUUUGGCAUGUGCAUUUUACAGGAUUUUGAAUCUUUGACCCCAAAUCUACUAGCUAGAACAAUAGAAACAGUUGAAGGUGGUGGAUUGAUCGUGUUACUGCUUCGCUCAUUAUCUUCGCUCACCAGUCUCCACACCAUGGUUAUGGAUGUUCACGAGAGGUUUUGUACAGAAUCGCAUACUCAGGCUACUGGGCGCUUUAAUGAACGUUUCUUGCUGUCACUUGGGUCUUGCAGAGCAUGCAUCGUCAUGGACGAUGAAUUGAACAUUUUACCAAUCUCUUCCCAUAUGAGAGCAAUCACCGCAGCUCCUGUUCGAGAUGGUUCUGAGGGUCUCUCUGAGGCAGAAAGAAACCUGGCAGAUUUGAAGGAACAACUGAAAGAUGAUUUCCCUGUUGGUUAUUUAAUUAGAAAAUGCUGCACAGUUGACCAGGGAAUAGCUGUCAGUACAUUUCUUGAUGCUAUUUUGGACAAGACUCUCCGUAGCACAGUUGCUUUGCUUGCUGCUCGUGGUCGUGGGAAGUCAGCAGCUCUUGGCUUGGCAAUUGCUGGAGCUGUCGCUGCGGGGUACUCUAAUAUCUUCGUAACAGCUCCGGGUCCGGAGAAUCUGAAAACUUUGUUUGAGUUCAUAUGCAAGGGGUUUGAUAUGCUUGAGUACAAGGAGCAUUCAGAUUAUGAUGUGGUGAAAAGCACAAACCCGGCGUUUAACAAAGCAACAAUACGGAUCAACAUCUAUAAACAGCACAGACAGACAGUUCAGUACAUAGAGCCACAUGAACAUCAAAAGAUCUCCCAGGCUGAAUUGUUGGUUGUUGAUGAAGCGGCUGCCAUUCCUUUACCUGUUGUGAAAUCCUUGCUUGGACCUUAUCUCGUUUUCCUUUCAUCUACAGUAAAUGGCUAUGAAGGUACCGGGCGGUCUUUAUCUCUGAAACUGCUGCAGCAACUCGAGGACCAAAGUCAUACUUCAACUAGAAGUAGGCUCUUCAAGAAGAUUGAACUAAAUGAACCCAUCAGAUAUGCUUCUGGUGAUCCAAUUGAAUCCUGGCUUCAUGCUUUAUUAUGUCUGGAUGUCACAACUUCUAUCCCCAGUAUCAGCAGUCCACCUGAUCCCAGCAAAUGUCAUCUCUACUAUGUUAAUCGAGAUACGCUUUUCUCUUAUCACAAAGACAGCGAGAUAUUUUUGCAGAGAAUGAUGGCUCUUUAUGUUGCUUCGCACUACAAGAAUUCUCCCAAUGAUUUACAAUUGAUGGCUGAUGCUCCUGCUCACCACUUAUUUGUACUAGUUGGUCCUGUUGACGAGUCCCAAAAUCAUCUGCCUGAUAUUUUGUGUGUCAUCCAGGUGUGUCUUGAGGGACAAAUUUCUCGUAAAUCUGCUAUUAAAAGCAUAAGUGAUGGUCGCCAGCCUGCUGGAGAUCAAAUACCUUGGAAAAUUUGUGAGGAGUUUCAGGAUACAGUUUUUCCAAGUCUUUCUGGUGCUCGUAUUGUGCGCAUUGCCACACAUCCAGCUGUAAUGCGGCAUGGAUACGGUUCUGUUGCAGUCGAACAAUUGACAAGGUACUUUGAGGGUCAGUUGUCUUCACUAUCUGAAGUGGAUGCUGAGGAAGGUCAGGAUACCCCUCAAGUCAGAGUAGUUGAGGCUGCAGAGGCCUCUUUGCUGGAAGAAAAAAUACAGCCUAGGACGGACCUUCCUCCUCUGCUUGUACAUCUUCAUGAACGACGGCCAGAAAAGCUCCAUUAUAUUGGUGUAUCUUUUGGGCUUACUCUGGAUCUUUUCCGCUUUUGGAGGAAACACAAUUUUUCUCCGUUCUUCAUUGGCUCCAUUCCCAGUAAUGUCACUGGUGAACACUCGUGCAUGGUUCUGAAACCAUUGAAUAAUGAUGAUAUUGAAACUAGUGGAUCAGAUCCGAUGGGAUUUAUUCGGCCUUUUUACCAAGGUUUCAGGCAUAUUUUCAUUCGACUACUGUCGACUACCUUCCGACAAAUGGAAUACAAGCUUGCGAUGAGUAUUUUGGAUCCCAAGCUAAACUUCUCGGAUCUGGUGGACCCUACCUUGUCCUCUUCCAAUGGUUUUUUAAUUUCAGACCCCCAUCUUAUGAUGCGACUGGAAGCAUAUGUAAACAAUCUAGCCAACUACGAGAAGAUUGAUUUUUGUAAGAAUGCUCUUGCAUGUCAAUAUUUCGAGGAGAAGAUUCCAGUUACACUGUCAUAUGCACAAGCUUCUGUUUUGCUCUGCAUUGGCUUGCAGAAUAAAGACAUCCCUUAUAUAGAGAAAGAGAUGAAGUUGGAAGGACAGCAAAUAUUAUCUUUAUACCUGAAAGUUAUGAGGAAAUUCCACAAAUACUUGUAUGGUAUUGCAACGAAAGAGAUUGAUACUACUGCACCUCAACUAACAGAUAAUGUAAGUACAGCUUAUUUGUUGUAA